UAAUAACUGGUCCCUCAAUCUUCAUGUGCGCCAUCUUCCGUGAAAAUUCCCAGACAGGAGCACUAUGUUAGGAUUUCAAGAGAGGCGAACUUCAGACUUGUCAGGUGUGGCGUGACCUGACGGAGUGGAUGUGGCUCCCACACAGCACACCAUGUCCGAUGCUGACAUCAUGGCUGAGGCGUAUGCUACCGACGGAAGCAGAACCCCAACACAGCCAGCUGUGGAAGAAAAUGGGGAGGGUGGAGCAUCAGAGAAAGAACAACAGUCAGAUGCCUUGGAUAUGUCUCACACACCUGUCUCCCGCUUUGGCCGGAAGUUCUCCAGUCCAAACCUUGUAUCAAGUGCCAUGAUGAACAGCCUUCGCUAUGGCCAUAGUAACAAGCUGGCAUGUAGGUACUGUGGAAAGACUUUCUCACAGGCAGGCUACAUAAAGGCGCACGAACGCUUACACACUGGAGAAAAACCUUUUGCGUGUUCGGUGUGCGGGAAGCGAUUUAGUGACCCAAGCAAUUGGAAGAAACAUGAACGAGUCCACUCUAACCAUAGCAACAACAAUGUAGGAGGGGGUGGGGGCAGCAAUUCUUCCAGUCCAAAGACCCCACCAGUUCCACAGCCACAGUCAUUGGUCAAGUCUGAGAGUGAAAGGAGCCUUGUAAUUCGGGCUGCCAGCUCAAUGAUCACCUCAUCUUUGCAGCAAAGGAUGCGCAAUGGGACCGAGAUGAAUUCUCCUAUUGUCUGCAAGCUAUGUGGGAAGGUAUUUUCUAGUCAAAGCAGCCUGAGCACUCACAAAAGAAUCCAUACGGGAGAGAGACCCUACACCUGCAUAUCCUGUGGCAAGAGCUUCACUCAGAUUGGCACGCUACGGACUCAUGAAAGGAUUCACACAGGGGAAAAGCCCUAUGUCUGCAAGGUCUGUGGGAGGACAUUUGCUCAGAGUGGAAGCUACAGGAUGCAUGAGCGGAGGCACAUGACGGACACAAUCCAGAGAUGCCACAUCUGCUACGCUACAUUCACAAAGUGGCAGGACUUGCAGCAGCACAUGACAACCCACCCUCAGAUGUCGGAAGCCAUGAUGGACUACUCUCCACCUGGGCUUGUGAGUCCAGGGCACCAGCCCACUGACCAGAAAGAAGAUCUGAGGGGUCCUAGUCUUCCUGUGUCACAUGCAGACACCAUCCUGCUGGAGGGGGAGGGGCAUUUCCAGGCACAGUCAGUGUUUCAGGGUCAACUGCCUCCCUUCUCCUCAAUCAUGCCAUUUCGAUCACCAGUAGGAACAUCCUUUUCUCCCAGUUUCUCUGCUCCACUCAGCAUGUACACAUCUUCACCUGUCACAUGCCUCCCAGACCAGCCUGAGAUGGGUCUUCUACGGCCCCAGUACUUUCCCAGUAUGAGCUUGGCAACACAACUUAAGCUUCCUGAGCAGACAUCACCCGUGUCUACACCUACUGGCACCACAGAAAAUAAUGAAGUGGUAAGCACCACCAGCCAUGGCCAGACUCGCAAAUACAGCACUGAGUCCCAUAACUCGCCCCCAAUUUCCACUCUUGAUGCCCAAGCAGAUGCCAACAGCAAGAUGGAUCAAGACGCUGACACUUCUCAGAAUGCAGGCGGACUGAGUGAGUCCAGUGACAGUGGCUCCCAGACACCCGAUGGGGUGGAAAAUGGAGGAACUGACGAUGCCCAGCCAUUGGCCAUCGAGAGGCAGAAUCUCAACACGCGCAUGAUGCCAUCAUCCUCUAGCGGGCGUAAACAGCGUCACCCCAUGCGACGCUACAGCAGCAGCGCCAGCAGCGAGCAGGAGAUGCCUCAGUCCACUUCCUGCCUUCCCACCAACAUACACACCAAUGGGAUGAAGCUGCCUGCAGAGCCAAACGAUGCAGAGGAUGUGGCUCUGGUGUCUUAUCUCCUGUGGAAAGGUAAGGUCUACAAGUGUGAACACUGCCACAUCAUUUUCGAUGACUGCACCCUCUACCUUCUCCACAACGGCUUCCACUCUCAUGACUCUGACCCCUUCAAAUGUGUCAUCUGCAAACUCUCAUGUAAAGACCGCAUCGACUUCAACUGCCACCUGACAAGUCACAUCAAGUAAACAGAGGCACAGCAUCACAGUAACAUGAAAGAUAUUAUAAAUAUUUUUGACUGCUAGUUUAUUUCCAACUGUGUAAGGUGGUGGACAACACAUCACCAUGCUUAUGUUCAUCCAACAGUUUGAUAUAUUAAGGUUUUGUUAUUCUAAACUUGGACCACAGAUUGCAAAUAAGAUUAUUGGUAUUUCACUCAAUCAUGACAAUGAUCUUCACUUUUUGUACUGAUAGACAAAUUGUUUUAUUGUCUGUUCGACAGACUCUAAAAGAUGCCAUAGCCAAAACAAUAUUAUUAUUCCAUUGGCCAUGAAAGCUUUAUUUAUACAAUUUUGAAGUGCUUUUAUCAUGUUUUCAUGUUACAUUUGUGUAAACAUUUAUUGUUUGUAUUCAUGAAGUAUGAUUCUCCAAAUCUUCAGCAAGAAAUGUAUUUUUAUUGGAAAUCUGUGAAUACAACCGUACUGUAAUUUUCAGUGUGCAGGGUAUUGUGUUUUACAACCGCAAGUCAGUGUAGAUAAAUAUAUAAAUCUAUAUAUAUUCAUGUAGAAACAGGACCAAGCAUGAAGUAUUUAUUAUUUGUUUAAAUAUUUGAACAUAAAAAAUUAAGUGCAUUUGGUUAUAAUUUCAACAUUUCAACAUUGAUAAAUUUUAGCAUAAAUGAGAGCAUUAUAUAUUAAGUUGCAUUCAUAAUGUUUCAUAAUACUCAUUGACAUAUCUGCACCUCAUCCCUUGUCCUGGUCAAUUCCUGGACAGGACUUUAUGUGACAUCACUCUUGUCUGUUAUCUGUAUCAAGCAUUUCACAUUUUGAUUAAGGUUUUGUGUCUUCUUUUGAAUGUCUAUAGAGAGCAAAAAUCAUACAAAUUUUUAAUAUAAAACUUCAGAAUCAGAUUCACUGGCACAUAGCAAGAAUACUAGGUGUAAAUGACUCAUUGUGACAUUCAGCCUUUUUCUAUUGCAUGUUCAUGUGCAAUGUGUAAGAUAGGUCAGGUAAACUGGUGUACUGUGUUGUCAUGCCAGCCAGCCUGACUCCUCACAGCCAAUUCACUCCUAGUUCAGCCUGCCAGUACAGAUGUAGUGUGUUGCCGUCACUCAGAAUGUACUCAUUGUUCCUUCUAGUCACACACCAACAUUGGCAAUCUCAUCAAUGUCACCAUCUUACAUUUUGUCAACAAAUUGAUAUUUUGCAUUUAGAAAUUAAAGUUGGAAAGUAGGUGUUUGGUACCAUUGGGUUCUGCUACGUGUUCUUUGAAAUUCUCACUGUAUUUGUUUAGUCAGCAGAGACCUGAGUAUUCAUUAGAAACUGUGCUCUAGAAUCAUUGUCUUUUGGUUUAAAUCAUGACACCAAGUUUUACAUGCCUGUUGGGAAGAAAAUAAAUCAUCAUGAUAUUGUUCAAUUUGUGCGUGGACCAAAGGCAGUUGUGCAGUGCAGUUGAUCAGAAUAGGCGGAAUAUAUCAGUUCUAGAAGUAACAACAUUAGGAAGUCAUUUUAGGGAUACCUUCAGACUUAACAUUAAUUUCUGGAAUUUCCAUAAUUGUUUAUGGUUAAUUUUGCUGUCAUUACAAAAGGGCUACAAAUGCUGUGAGAUGUUUAUUACAGACCCCGUUUUGUCAUUGUUUGUGUUCCUGGCCUAUAUAAUGAUAUUACUCCUCUAAGGCUGCUGGCUGUAUGUACAGUAUUGUACACUUAUAUAUAUAUAUAUAUAUAUAUAUCUUACCGUCACAGGUACAUUGUCCAGGAAAUAGUUUCUUCAAUAUUCUUUAUCAGUCUCUUGAGUUUGAUGAAAGUGUUGACUACUUAGACCUUGAUGUGAUUGUGUUGUGGUGUAUUCAUGUAUAGCUAGUGAGGCAAUUCCUUCACAGGGGCUGUUGCAGGGGCACCUGCUGCCUGGGGGCUGCCUGCUUCAGAACCCUACUUAUGUAUAUAGUGACCACAGAUUAGGUGUGGGAAAACACACUCAACACACAUCAUGUAGUGGGGCUGCCAUUACACAUUGCAACAGAUUCAAAUGUCAAAAAUUGUUAUAUGCCAAAGAUUAAAAGAAAAGCUUUAUACUGAGUGUACUUACUAUUUCCCUCGCACAAAUUCCAGUUGUCCAUGUCAGUAAAACAGAGGACUAGUUACCUACUUACAUUUAAUACAGUUAUGUUCCUGAAAGUCAAAGUGUUUGGACCAAGUCAGAAGACUGAGUGAUAGUUUGAUAUUUUCAUAUACAUUGUACAUGUAUAGAUAUGCAUGCUUGCCAGUGUGAGGGCCGAGUGCCGACCAAUAGAUCUGACACUUUACAAAAUAUUUGGGCAAUGAUCAAUAUUGUUUGUCAUUCUUUCGUCAGUCAGUCACCUCAAAGGUGAAUUUUUAUAUAUAUAAUCAAAGUUACAUUUAAUUUUCCUAUAUGAUAUUAUGGGUUUAGUAACAAUUUAUGUUAUUGCCCCAUUUAUUUGGGCAUUGUGUGUCAAGAAUAUAUUAUAUAUUUUAUGGAUGUAUUUAGCAGAUACCAUGUACAUGUAGGUAUGUUUUGUAAUCUGCCUGCUUUUGAUUAUAUUAUCAUGCAAUAGAUAUAUGUGAUUACUCUGAUUGUCCAGAAUCAAAAUUCUUGAAUGUGAUUGUGAUGCCCCUGCUGCUGCUGCUGCUGGCACCAAUGUUGUUGAUGUUGCCGCAUAAAUGAUAUGAUACGGACCAGCACCUAGCUGUUCAGGAGUACAUGGCUAGAGCCAGGCUCCUCUGUACAGACUCCAGAUGUUGGACUCUCCUGCAUCUGACUCCUGGCCAGCAGGCAGGUGUGUUGUGCAUGUCUGAAUGAGUAUUGGACGUGGCAGUGUUGGUCACUGACUGUGAAUGUGUAACAUGGAAGGAUGAACGUCGGCAGCACCUGCAGCAGGAGGCUUCCUCCUCCUCCUCCUCCUCCUUUCCCAGUGUUCUCUCUGCCAAGCAGCAAACACAGGCCAGCUACACACCUUACACGUAUUAGUGUACACAUGCUUAAAGCAAUUAUGUGUAGUGGUGUUCUAGCAAUAUACAGUGAAGUUGUUGUGUGAGAAGGUCUGCACUGGUCAGGGUCACCAUCCAGCAGUGUGUGUCACUAUAAACCACAGCAGAAGGGCCACCACCUCACCCCCUACUGACUACUGGCAGUUGAUACACCACUAAUCUUAAAACUACCUUACGGUAGUACUCGCAUCACUAUGAUGCAUGCAGUACUCUCAUGGCACAUGUAUUGAAUGAAAGUUUGUGCCUAAUUUUAAAUCAUACUUGGUUGUUAAUCUCUGCAUAGCUGUGUAGCUGCGGGUGAAGGCAACAUCUUACUUCAUGGCCAGCUUCAUACUAUGGAGGAAAUGCAUUCAACUGACAGAAAAUCUGUCCUUUUGAAAACGUUUAUCAUAUGCAAGUCAUUUUCUCAUUUUAUAUCAUGUCUCUAAGUAUAUCAAUACAAGAUAAGCCAACAGUAUUUUUAGUUGGAGGGUUUUUUAAAGUAACUUGGAGCGUAAAACCAACUUAGAGCCACUUUUCUAGCUGUCUGUACAAAGAAAGGUCAUUGAGUGACCUUGUGUCUCUGUCCGUCCACUUCAGUUGAUGCCAGGUCAGGUGAGCCUGGUGGCUGCUCCUCUAAUUAGUGGCGGGUGACUCUGAACAGUGUGCCAGCCUGUCAUUGUGAUUAAAAAGAUCAUCAUGCAACAAGCUAAGUCCAUCAUGAUUUUUUAUUAAAAGCAAUAUAUUAUAUGGCCAGUCUUGUAUAAUGCCUUUUCAUGACUCCUGUCAUUCUUCUCCAAGCCAUGCAGAUGAAGCUUCAAGCUACAGCAAUACUAAACAAUGCCUACUUUUUCACUAUUUUAUCUGUGGUGCUGGAUCAACAAUUACAUUUGUCUCAUAGUUAUAUUAUUUGUGUAACAUACAUACAUACA